AUGUCUCAGGGUGGCCCCCGCAAGGGCCCCCAAAAAGGGAAAGCCGAAAAUAGCGUCCAGAACCAAGCAGAGGGCCGUGGCCGUGGCCAAGGCCAGGCGAGACAGACAGCAAUGGCUGUAACAGUCCGGGAGGCAGAGCAGUCAGAGCUCAGGCCAUCCCAUUCCUGGUCCGAGUGCGAGUCGAGAUCCCGGACUGAGUCUGAGUCCGAAUCCGAGUCCGAGUCAGGGUCCGGAUCCGAAUCCGAGUCCGUCUCCAAGUCGGGGUCCUGGACCCAUUCUCCCACCGGGUCCAAGUCCAAGUUGGGGUCCGGGACCGGGACCAGGUCCGAAUCUGAGUCAGUGUCUGGGACCGAGUCCCGGUCCGGGUCGGAGUCAGAGUCAGAAUCACUUGAGGAAAAUGAAGACAAGGAGAAAGCUGAGGAGGACGAUGACGAUGAAGAAGACGAGGAAGAGGAAGAUCGGCCCAGAAAGAAGCCCAGACACCAGGGCUUCAUUUUAGAUGAGGCUGAGGAGGACGAUGACGAUGAAGAAGACGAGGAAGAGGAAGAUCGGCCCAGAAAGAAGCCCAGACACCAGGGCUUCAUUUUAGAUGAGGCUGAGGAGGACGAUGACGAUGAAGAAGAGGAGGAAGAGGAAGAUCGGCCCAGAAAGAAGCCCAGACACCAGGGCUUCAUUUUAGAUGAGGCUGAGGAGGACGAUGACGAUGAAGAAGAGGAGGAAGAGGAAGAUCGGCCCAGAAAGAAGCCCAGACACCAGGGCUUCAUUUUAGAUGAGGCUGAGGAGGACGAUGACGAUGAAGAAGACGAGGAAGAGGAAGAUCGGCCCAGAAAGAAGCCCAGACACCAGGGCUUCAUUUUAGAUGAGGCUGAGGAGAACGAUGACAAAGAAGAGGAGGAGGAGGAAGCCGAGUGGGAGGUCGGCGCGGAGGACAUCGUGGACAGAGCGAGGCUGCCCGGCCCCGGCAGCCCUGAAGCAUACCUACAGAACGACUGCUCCGGGGCGCGGCGCCUCCAGAACGCCUGGAGGGAUCAGCGGGAGGAGGAGCUGGCCCAGUAUUUCAUGCAGAAAUACGCCACCUCCUCAUCCCGGGCGGCCCGGCGCGGAGUGCCCCGGCAGCCUCCGGACCACAUCGCCCAGCAGAGGCUGCUCCCCGGAAUCCGGGACCCCAAGCUGUGGAUGGUCAAGUGCAAGUUGGGGCAGGAAAAGGCCACGGCCCUGACUCUCCUGCGCAAGUUCUUGGCCUCCCGCUUCAGCGACAACCCCCUGCAGAUCCAGUCAGUCGUGGCUCCCGAGUACCUCAAGGGCUACAUCUACGUGGAGGCCCACAAGCUCUGCCACGUGCUGGACGCCAUCCAGGGCGUGGCCAACCUGCGCCUAGGCUGCCGGGACCCGAAGCCGGUGCCCGUAGGGGAGAUGACGGACGUGCUGAAGGUGCUGCGCAGCCAGGCCCCCGACCUGCAGCCCGGGAGCUGGGUGCGCGUCAGGGAGGGCCUCUACAAGGGCGACCUCGGGCAGGUGACCCGCUCCGAGCCCGGCAACUCCACGGUCUUCCUCAAGAUGAUCCCUCGCAUCGACUACAGCCUAAUCGCGGGCCUCGGAGCUCCGACACUAGGCUUCCCCAAGAGGAAGCGGCCGCCCCAGAAGCUCUUGGAUGCUCAGAAGAUCCGAUCCCUGGGAGGGAAGUUGGGCAGUGACGGAGACUUCCUCCUCUUCCGGGGGGACCGCUACAGCCCCGAGGGCUUUCUCUUCAAGACCUUCUCUCAAGCAGCCCUGGUCACCGAGGGCGUCAGGCCCACGCUCUCCGAGCUGCAGCGCUUCGAGGAGCGCCCCGAAGCCCUGCAGAAGCUCGAGCUGCGCUUGGACGCCGACGGGGCGGCGGAGCGCAGCUUCAGGGCCGGAGACAAGGUGCGAGUGAGCGCGGGAGACCUCAUCAACCUGCGGGGCCGAGUGGUGAGUGUGCAAGGCCCCCACGUCACCAUGAUGCCCGAGCACGAGCUGCUCCGGGACCCGCUGCAGCUGGCCGCAGGGGAGCUGUGCAAGUACUUCGAGGUGGGGGAGCACGUCCAGGUGCUGGCGGGCCGCUACCUGGGCACCACCGGCUUCGUCCUCAGAGUCGAGCCCAACUAUGUCCUGCUCCUAUCCGACCUCGGCCGGGAGGAGAUCAAGGUGCUCCCCGGGGACCUGCGGCUGUGCCCGGACACGGCGGCCCCGGAGGACGCGUGGGGCCGGCACCGCUGGGGAGAGCUGGUGCAGCUGAGCCCCGGCACGGUGGGCGUCGUCGUGGGCCUGGACGCCGAGGCUCUGCAGAUCCUGGACAUGCAGGACCAGGUGGUCACGGUGCGCCGCCAAGCCGUCACCGCCAGGAAGGACAAUCACCUGGCCGUGGCCCUGGACGGCCAGCAGAACAGCGUCCGCGUCCGGGACUCGGUCAGGGUGGUGGAGGGCCCGCGCUCGGGGCUCCAGGCCACGGUCCUCCAUCUCUUCCGGGGAAUCGCCUUCCUGCGCUCCAAGACGCUCACGGAGCACGGGGGCCUGUUCGCCUGCAAGUGCCGCCACCUCCUGCUGGCCGGCGCGGCCCAGUCCAGCCGGGGCCGUGAUCUCUCGGCAGGGGGCCUGACUCCGGGCCCGAGUCCUCACCCCACCAGUCCCAGAUACGGGCCGGAGCGCGGGGCGUUUGAGAGUGUGGCGGCCGGGGGGCGGGACCGGGGUUCUCGAGGCCCCGGCGACCGCCACCCACACAAGGGCCUCCUGGGCCAGUCUGUGCGCAUCUUCCAGGGGCCCUACAAGGGCUACAUCGGGCGCGUGAAGGAAGUGACUGAAGACUUGGCCCGCGUGGAGCUGCAUUCGACUUGUCAGACCAUUUGCGUGCACCCGCAGAGACUCGCCCCCCUGGGCGCCGCGCGCCAGGCACUCCAGUCUGCCGACUCGGCCACUCCCCCCAGCUCUAGCUUCCAGACGCCCACCUACGGUUCCUUCACCCCCAUGUACUCGGGCACCUAUACUCCAAUCCACGUGGGUGGAGCUUGGGACCCCAGCAUCGGCAACACCCCCUCCCACCUAUAG